AUUGUGACAUUUCCUUUUGUGGUUCUGAAUGCUUCAUGUUUCAAUGUCAAAAAACAUUUUAUAUUUUAUAAUAUCAAAAGGGAAAAUACUGUAUAAUAUAAAUGUUAAACUUUAUGUUGUAGGUUUAGUAUAAACCUUCAUUAUUUUUGCGAAAAUAGAUGUAUAGUGAAAACUGUUGGGGGAACAGGGGGGAACAUAUAAUACCAUCAGCAAGAAAAAGCAUACACAGUCAUACUUCUUGUCCAUUUGGUGGAAGUGAGUCGGUCAUGGGUAAAUAUGGAAUUGAAAAAAGAAAUAUCCAGCAAAAAGCACCUAUUUUCCCAACAGAUUUAGACUUGGGUGAGGAUGUAGUGGAUAAUGCUCAAAGUAAAUAUGCUCAAGCUCUAAGUGCAGUGCAAUUUGCACCAAGGAAAAUUGAAAGGCGACAUUCGUCAAAUUCUGAAAGUGAUAUCUCAGAAGAUGAUUGCAAGAUGCUAUCAAAAUCCUUACCAGAAAUAUUCCACUCACAUUUGUAUUGCAGUGAUGAAACUCAAACAGGAGAAAGUGAGUCACAAAAUCUCACUGAUCAUUCACAGUACCAAUCAUUUGGCUCAAACCAGUGUCUCAGUAACAAAAAUAGGCACUUACGUGAAUAUAAUAAUGAUGAGGUAGAGUUACCUACACGAUCAGUAAUAUAUGAAUAUCAAAAUGAAUCAAAUUGCUUCAGAGAUGCACAGAUUAAUUUAUCAAAUUAUAUUGGUAAAAUAUGUGCCAUAUUAAUUAUCCCGAUUAUGGGCAUCCUGGCAUAUUGUCUUAGAGAUUCACUUCCUGUAAUGCAAGAUACAAAUGUUUCUACUUCUGCUCAUAUUUAUGAUAGAUUGAAAUUUUAUAAUGAUAUGACUGAUAUUGGAAAAACAUAUAAACUCAAUCAAGAUACCAUUCUGGAACUUCAAGUUGGUAUCUACUCUAUAUCAGAGAAACAGGACACUGAUUCAUUUAUAUUUUUGUACAAUAGUGAAAAACAAAAUUUCAAUUCAAAUGCAUUUAACGAAUUUAUAAAUCAAAUAGCUUCGAUUUCUGCUAGAUAUUUAAGAAAUGAAAGUGUGUCAGUUCGUCAUACCGUGAUAGACACGGUUAGCUUAAAAGUAAAGGACACAGAUGAGCUCAUUCAUAAAUACAGUGAUGAUAUUACAAGAGGUGGUGUGAUGGUGAUGAGAAAAUUAGAAAUGUUGCCAUCGUCUCUCGCAAUGGCCUUGCAUUAUUACUGUGAUGUAUAUAACCCGCUUGUCAAGAAGAGUGCUAUAUUCUUUACAUUGGAUAUAGCUAAUUGUCCAGGUAAAAUGUCUACGCAUUCCGACAUAGAGAAAUGCCUCAAGAGGAAAUGGAACACUGUCUCAAAUGAAUUCAUUGGACCUCUCCUAGCCAGGGUAGUCAGUGUCGUAGUUGAUGUAACUUAUUUGUUUUAGUUAGUACGUUAAAAAUUGUUCUGUAUUUGUUUUCGAAAAAGAAUGUUGAAGUAAUUGAUAUUCAUAAGAAGUGAAUGCAUGCAUAGUGCAUAUUUUCGGUCUAGAGACAUUAUGCGAAGAUAUUUAUAGAUAUGUUAACCAGUAUUAUUCAGGUUCUUAAAAAUGAAAUCCUGUACCUUUUAAAUUCAUUAUGGUAUACCCACUAGUCCUGUAUUAUAUUAUUACAAUGUAUCGAUACUGAAACCUACCUAUUUGUAGUCAUAGAUGCUUACCAAAUAGGUAGGUACCUUUUUGUGAUUUUAUUUUUUAUGUUAAUUUAAGUAUAAAUAUUAGAGGUACAAGUCCGAGACUAGUAGACCGCAAGUUGCAUGUGACACUAUUGAUUUUUAUGAAUUUCUAUGAAAGAGAUGCCGAACAACGCGACAUUGAGGCAUGCGGUCGUAGUGUGAACCUGCGGGCUACCGACCGCCGCACUAAUACUGACGCGGAUCGCAAGACACUAUCCAUAGAAUCCGUACUAAGACAGCGAAACAUAAAUCAUCGAAUAGUAGAGCUUUACAUAAAUCAUCUAAUAAUAUAGCGAAUACACGAGCGAGAGUGAAACUAUAAAUACUGCGUAAUUUUAUUUCAUUUGAACGAGUCAUUGCACGAAAUGAUAGUUUAUAAUUGGGUAAAAUAAUAGGUAUUUUUUUCAAAUGUCACAUCAACACAAUUUUGUAGAAUUGCUAAUGUAUCUGUAGUAAUGCGAAAAUCUAUGAAAAUGACAGACCUGCAGCCGCUUGUAGGCCAUGUCGGGAUAGAUAAGGGCGCGACCUCACGCAACAAUGUGGUUUACGUGUCGUCCCAGACUUGCACCUUUAAUCGCAAUUCUUCUAAUUCAAAAUAAGUACUAUUGUAAAUGCUCAUGAUGAUAUUCCAAUUACGUUUUGUUGAUAAUUAUGUAAUGUUAUUUUUUACUGAAAGAAUAAAAUUUAAAACAA